CUUAGUGGAUACAGAUAUUGUCUGACCACUAGUAAAGUGCGAACAUGACAGCGAAGACGUGCUGUUUGUUGUGGGUGAUAGUGCUGGCGAGUAUUCUCGCUACAGUAGUCACCGAACCUUCACGGAACUUACUACAUAAAGUAAAAGUUGAAAGACUUGAUAACAAUCAUAAAGCUCAUACGGAAGCGCACACAGGUGAUGCAUCAACCAUCGAAUCCCGGAAAAGCAAGAUCGACGCUGAGUAUAAAUCCGAACACAGUCAAAGCCGGCAUUCUGAAGAGCAUACCGAAAAUCAUUCAACAAACGAAUCCAGUGCGGGUGCCGAUAUUAAAAUUCAAAGUGGCAGUUCUGAGGAAUCGAAGGAGGAAAGCGCAGAAUCCCACGAAGAUGUGAGCACGACCACGGAAGCGAAGUCGGGGCUGCUCGGAUUCAACUUUAAAACAAACAUUUUCGAUGGCCUCUUCAGCGGCUUCAGUCCCGACAAAAAGAGGGAGAAAGAGAAAAAGCGGAAAGAGAGUCUAGGGAAAGAAGAGUUUAUUUCUGAAAAACUCAGAAACAUUAUUGGAGUUAAAGGCCAUAAGGAAAGCAGUGAGCUACUGUAUGACUUAACGGGUCUUAGAAACGAGGCAGCCGCCAUCAAAUACAUAGAAAACUUAACCGGACUCAAAGACCGAGAUCAGAUUCACGAGUUCAUCAGAAGAUGCAGAGGAUCAAGGAGCUGGAAGUUCGUGAUAGACUUCUUGGAUCUGUUAGAAGAUACAUCUAAUGUCAGAGUUAUUGUCGACAUAUUAAAGCAGUUGACGAAUGAAGACAAUGUUUUCAACGCUUUCGAGAUAUUGAAGACGCUGACGGGACACGCUGAUUUUGACGGAAUUUUUGAGACGCUGCAGAAGAUUUCAGGAGAGAAGAAUGCUCAUGAAAUCUGCGAUUAUUUCAAGCACGUCGCGCACACUACUGGCUUAGAUGGUGUGAAGGUGGAAGUCAAAAAGUUGAGUGGUGGCAUCGGAUCUCCUGAGCUACCCAGAGUCCUGUACGUUUUAAAACAAGAAGUCGAUAUGAAAGGCGCUUUGAACGCUUUGAUUUCGGCCACAAGAACGGGAGACGUCGGCGAAGCGAUAUUUAAAUUCGUCAAGAUAAUGCAGACGAAGACGUUCUCUGAAGCCAUUUUGCGUUUGAAAUUCGUAACGAAACAAACGUUAUUCAAAUAUGCUAUCGAAGAACUGUUGGAAUCCAUUAAUAGAAGUAGUCUCACGGUGGUCAUUUCGGAGUUGUACAAAAUCUGCGACUGCACCAAUUUAUUGGAGGCAAAAGAGAUAUUGGGCAAGAUAUUUGAUGCUGAUAGUCUCGUGACUGUAGCACAGAAUAUAAACAAGAUGAGCAAGACACAGGACCCAUUGUUCUUCUUAAAUUCUCUUCUCGACGUGACGCAGACCAAGAACAUCAGAGAAGCGGCCACCGUCAUCAACAAACUCACAAUAAGACAAAUGUCAACUUUGGAAAUACUCAAUCAAAUCCGAAUUAAAUCUGGGCAUGAGAACAUAAUAGAUUUCUUCAGGAAGCUGCUAGCUUUUACUGCAACUAAAUCUGUGGAAGCCGCGUGGGAUGUGUUGUCCAGCGUAACAUUUAUAACUGAUAUAUUUUUCUUCUUCGACACCGUGUUUAAAUACACAAACGUUGACGUCGUUAUAUUCUUGGAGACGAUCCUGAGGAUCACGAGCACGACCAACGUGACUGUGGCUGCUGCAUUGCUCACCAAGAUAUCGAAUAAACGAAGUUUCUUCGAAGUGAUCGAAGCGAUACACGAGAUAACGCAAAUGGACGUCGUGAAAUUCUUCGAGUUGAUUAUCACAGUCAGCAAAAGAUUCUUCUUCGAAGAGGUCGUCAUCUUAUUAGAAGAGUACACGGAUACGUAUAACUUUGUAGACGCGCUAAAGGACUUGAAAAGAGCUACAGGUCAGCCAGACAUACGCAAGGCGAUCGAUCAUAUCAAACACAACAGGCCGAGAAUAGAAAAGACCACUACAACUACUACAACCACUACAACCACGACCACCACGACCACAACGCAAAAGCCCGAAACAACGACAGCGGUACCGACCACGACGAGCACGGAGGCAAUCACCGAAACUCAAACUGAAUCGAUUCAAUUAACAACACCGAACGGAUCCGAAGUAGGUAUCACCGAGCAACCGGGAGAACAGCCAACAACGCUCUCAACGUCAGAACAAGAAGCUACCGAGCAAACAAGAGAAUCCGAAACAAAGUUGCAACCCGAACAACAGGAAAUAACAAAGCAGCCACUAGAAUCUGAUACAACGUUGCAACCAGAACAACAGAAAACAACCGAGCAACCGAGAGAAUCUGAAACAACGGUGCAACCAGAACAACAGGGAACAACAGAGCAAUCAAGUGAAUGCGAAACAACGAUGCAACAAGAAACUACCGAGCGACCAAUUGAGUCUGAUACAACGUUGCAACCAGAACAACAAGAAACAACAGAGCAAUCAAGAGAUGAUGAUAAAACGGUGCAACCAGAACAACAGGAAAGAACCGAGCAACCAAGAGAAUCUGUAACAACACUGCAGCCAGACCAACAAGAAACAACGAAGCAGCCAAGAGAAAAUGAAACAACAUUACAACCAGAACAACAAGUAACUACCGAGCGAUCACGAGAAUCCGAAACAACGUUGCAACCAGAACAACAAGUAACUACCGAGCGGUCACGAGAAUCCGAAACAACGUUGCAACCAGAACAACAGGACAGAACUGACCAACCAAGAGAGUCUGAUACAACGUUGCAGCCAGAACCACAAGAAACCACGGAACAACCACGAGAAUCUGAUACGACGUUACAACCAAAACAACAAGUAACUACCGAUCAACCACGAGAAUAUGAAACAACGUUGCAACCAGAACAACAAGAAACAACAGAACAAUCAAGAGAAUAUGAAACAACGGUGCAACCAGAACAACAGGAAAGAACCGAGCAACCAAGAGAAUCUGUAACAACGUUGCAGCCAGACCAACAAGAAACAACGAAGCAAUCAAGAGAAUAUGAAACAACGGUGCAACCAGAACAACAGGAAAGAACCGAGCAACCACGAGAAUAUGAAUCAACGUUGCAGCCAGAGCAACAAGAAACAACGAAGCAGCUAAGAGAAAAUGAAACAACGUUGCAACCAGAACAACAAGUAACUACCGAGCGAUCUCGAGAAUCCGAAACAACGUUGCAACCAGAACAACAGGACAGAACUGACCAACCAAGAGAGUCUGAUACAACGUUGCAAUCAGAACUACAAGAAACUACGGAACAACCACGAGAAUCUGAUACAACUUUGCGACCAAAACAACAAGAAACUACCGACCAACCACGAGAAUAUGAAACAAUGUUGCAACCAGAACAACAAGAAACAACAGAGCAAUCAAGAGAAUAUGAAACAACGUUGCAACCAGAACAACAAGAAACAACGAAGCAGCUAAGAGAAAAUGAAACAACGUUGCAACCAGAACAACAAGAAACCACGGAACAACCACGAGAAUCUGAUACAACUUUGCAACCAAAACAACAAGAAACUACCAACCAACCACGAGAAUAUGAAACAACGUUGCAACCAGAACAACAAGUAACUACCGAUCAACCACGAGAAUAUGAAUCAACGUUGCAGCCAGAGCAACAAGAAACAACGAAGCAGCUAAGAGAAAAUGAAACAACGUUGCAACCAGAACAACAAGUAACUACCGAUCAACCACGAGAAUAUGAAACAACGUUGCAAUCAGAACAACAAGAAACAACAGAGAAAUCAAGCGAAUAUGAAACAAUAGUGCAAUCAGAACAACAAGAAACAACAGAGAAAUCAAGAGAAAAUGAAACAACGGUGCAACCAGAACAACAAGUAACUACCGAGCGAUCUCGAGAAUCCGAAACAACGUUGCAACCAGAACAACAGGACAGAACUGACCAACCAAGAGAGUCUGAUACAACGCUGCAAUCAGAACUACAAGAAACCACGGAACAACCGCGAGAAUCUGAUACAACUUUGCAACCAAAACAACAAGAAACUACCGAUCAACCACGAGAAUAUGAAACAACGUUGCAAUCAGAACAACAAGAAACAACAGGGAAAUCAAGAGAAUAUGAAACAACGUUGCAACCAGAACAACAAGUAACUACCGAGCGAUCUCGAGAAUUCGAAACAACGUUGCAACCAGAACAACACGACAGAACUGACCAACCAAGAGAGUCUGAUACAACGCUGCAAUCAGAAUUACAAGAAACCACGCAACAACCACGAGAAUCUGAUACAACUUUGCAACCAAAACAACAAGAAACUACCGACCAACCACGAGAAUAUGAAACAACGAUGCAACCAGAACAACAAGUAACUACCGAUCGACCACGACAAUAUGAAACAACGUUGCAACCAGAACAACAAGAAACAACGAAGCAGCUAAGAGAAAAUGAAACAACGGUGCAACCAGAACAACAAGAAACAACAGAGCAAUCAAGAGAAUAUGAAACAACGGUGCAAUCAGAAUUACAAGAAACCACGCAACAACCACGAGAAUCUGAUACAACUUUGCAACCAGAACAACAAGUAACUACCGAUCGACCACGACAAUAUGAAACAACGUUGCAACCAGAACAACAAGAAACAACGAAGCAGCUAAGAGAAAAUGAAACAACGUUGCAACCAGAACAACAAGAAACCACGGAACAACCACGAGAAUCUGAUACAACUUUGCAACCAAAACAACAAGAAACUACCAACCAACCACGAGAAUAUGAAACAACGUUGCAACCAGAACAACAAGUAACUACCGAUCAACCACGAGAAUAUGAAACAACGGUGCAACCAGAACAACAAGUAACUACCGAUCGACCACGACAAUAUGAAACAACGUUGCAACCAGAACAACAAGAAACAACGAAGCAGCUAAGAGAAAAUGAAACAACGUUGCAACCAGAACAACAAGAAACCACGGAACAACCACGAGAAUCUGAUACAACUUUGCAACCAAAACAACAAGAAACUACCAACCAACCACGAGAAUAUGAAACAACGUUGCAACCAGAACAACAAGUAACUACCGAUCAACCACGAGAAUAUGAAACAACGGUGCAACCAGAACAACAGGAAAGAACCGAGCAACCAAGAGAAUCUUUAACAACGUUGCAGCCAGAACAACAAGAAACUACGAAGCAGCUAAGAGAAAAUGAAACAACGUUGCAACCAGAACAACAAGUAACUACCGAUCAACCACGAGAAUAUGAAACGACGUUGCAAUCAAAACAACAAGAAACUACCGACCAACCACGAGAAUAUGAAACAACGUUGCAACCAGAACAACAAGAAACAACAGAGAAAUCAAGAGAAUAUGAAACAACGGUGCAACCAGAACAACAGAAAAGAACCGAGCAACCAAGAGAAUCUUUAACAACGUUGCAGCCAGAACAACAAGAAACAACGAAGCAGCUAAGAGAAAAUGAAACAACGUUGCAACCAGAACAACAAGUAACUACCGAUCAACCACGAGAAUAUGAAACAACGUUGCAAUCAGAACAACAAGAAACAACAGAGAAAUCAAGAGAAUAUGAAACAACGGUGCAACCAGAACAACAGGAAAGAACCGAGCAAUCAAGAGAAUCUUUAACAACGUUGCAGCCAGAACAACAAGAAACAACGAAGCAGCUAAGAGAAAAUGAAACAACGUUGCAACCAGAACAACAAGUAACUACCGAUCAACCACGAGAAUAUGAAACAACGUUGCAAUCAGAACAACAAGAAACAACAGAGAAAUCAAGAGAAUAUGAAACAACGGUGCAACCAGAACAACAGGAAAGAACCGAGCAAUCAAGAGAAUCUUUAACAACGUUGCAGCCAGAACAACAAGAAACAACGAAGCAGCUAAGAGAAAAUGAAACAACGUUGCAACCAGAACAACAAGUAACUACCGAUCAACCACGAGAAUAUGAAACAACGUUGCAAUCAGAACAACAAGAAACAACAGAGAAAUCAAGCGAAUAUGAAACAACGGUGCAAUCAGAACAACAAGAAACAACAGAGAAAUCAAGAGAAAAUGAAACAACGGUGCAACCAGAACAACAAGUAACUACCGAGCGAUCUCGAGAAUCCGAAACAACGUUGCAACCAGAACAACACGACAGAACUGACCAACCAAGAGAGUCUGAUACAACGCUGCAAUCAGAAUUACAAGAAACCACGCAACAACCACGAGAAUCUGAUACAACUUUGCAACCAAAACAACAAGAAACUACCUACCAACCACGAGAAUAUGAAACAACGUUGCAACCAGAACAACAAGUAACUACCGAUCGACCACGACAAUAUGAAACAACGUUGCAACCAGAACAACAAGAAACAACAGAGCAAUCAAGAGAAUAUGAAACAACGUUGCAACCAGAACAACAGGACAGAACUGACCAACCAAGAGAGUCUGAUACAACGUUACAACCAAAACAACAAGAAACUACCGACCAACCACGAGAAUAUGAAACAACGUUGCAACCAGAACAACAAGAAACUACCGAUCAACCACGAGAAUAUGAAACAACGUUGCAACCAGAACAACAAGUAACUACCGAUCGACCACGACAAUAUGAAACAACGUUGCAACCAGAACAACAAGAAACAACGAAGCAGCUAAGAGAAAAUGAAACAACGUUGCAACCAGAACAACAAGAAACCACGGAACAACCACGAGAAUCUGAUACAACUUUGCAACCAAAACAACAAGAAACUACCAACCAACCACGAGAAUAUGAAACAACGUUGCAACCAGAACAACAAGUAACUACCGAUCAACCACGAGAAUAUGAAUCAACGUUGCAGCCAGAGCAACAAGAAACAACGAAGCAGCUAAGAGAAAAUGAAACAACGUUGCAACCAGAACAACAAGUAACUACCGAUCAACCACGAGAAUAUGAAACAACGUUGCAAUCAGAACAACAAGAAACAACAGAGAAUUCAAGCGAAUAUGAAACAACGGUGCAAUCAGAACAACAAGAAACAACAGAGAAAUCAAGAGAAAAUGAAACAACGGUGCAACCAGAACAACAAGUAACUACCGAGCGAUCUCGAGAAUCCGAAACAACGUUGCAACCAGAACAACAGGACAGAACUGACCAACCAAGAGAGUCUGAUACAACGCUGCAAUCAGAACUACAAGAAACCACGGAACAGCCGCGAGAAUCUGAUACAACUUUGCAACCAAAACAACAAGAAACUACCGAUCAACCACGAGAAUAUGAAACAACGUUGCAAUCAGAACAACAAGAAACAACAGAGAAAUCAAGCGAAUAUGAAACAACGGUGCAAUCAGAACAACAAGAAACAACAGAGAAAUCAAGAGAAAAUGAAACAACGGUGCAACCAGAACAACAAGUAACUACCGAGCGAUCUCGAGAAUUCGAAACAACGUUGCAACCAGAACAACACGACAGAACUGACCAACCAAGAGAGUCUGAUACAACGCUGCAAUCAGAAUUACAAGAAACCACGCAACAACCACGAGAAUCUGAUACAACUUUGCAACCAAAACAACAAGAAACUACCGACCAACCACGAGAAUAUGAAACAACGUUGCAACCAGAACAACAAGUAACUACCGAUCGACCACGACAAUAUGAAACAACGUUGCAACCAGAACAACAAGAAACAACAGAGCAAUCAAGAAAAUAUGAAACAACGUUGCAACCAGAACAACAGGACAGAACUGACCAACCAAGAGAGUCUGAUACAACGUUACAACAAAAACAACAAGAAACUACCGACCAACCACGAGAAUAUGAAACAACGUUGCAAUCAGAACAACAAGAAACUACCGAUCGACCACGACAAUAUGAAACAACGUUGCAACCAGAACAACAAGAAACAACAGAGCAAUCAAGAGAAUAUGAAACAACGUUACAACCAAAACAACAAGAAACUACCGACCAACCACGAGAAUAUGAAACAACGUUGCAACCAGAACAACAAGAAACAACAGAGAAAUCAAGAGAAUAUGAAACAACGGUGCAACCAGAACAACAGGAAAGAACCGAGCAACCAAGAGAAUCUUUAACAACGUUGCAGCCAGAACAACAAGAAACAACGAAGCAGCUAAGAGAAAAUGAAACAACGUUGCAACCAGAACAACAAGUAACUACCGAUCAACCACGAGAAUAUGAAACAACGUUGCAAUCAGAACAACAAGAAACAACAGAGAAAUCAAGAGAAUAUAAAACAACGGUGCAACCAGAACAACAGGAAAGAACCGAGCAACCAAGACAAUCUGUAACAACGUUGCAGCCAGAACAACAAGAAACAACGAAGCAACCAAGAGAAAAUGAUACAACGUCACAACAAGAACAACAAGUAACUACCGAUCAACCACGAGAAUAUGAAACAACGUUGCAAUCAGAACAACAAGAAACAACAGAGAAAUCAAGAGAAUAUGAAAAAACGGUGCAACCAGGACAACAAGAAACUACCGAGCAACCGAGAGAGUCUGGUACGACAUUACAACCUGAACAACAGGAAUUAACAAAGCAACCAAGAGAAUAUGAAACAUCAAUGGCAGAAAAUGAAUUAGAAGCGACGUCGCAAACAUUAGAACCAGAAAUAACGCAGAAACCGCUAAAACCGGGGUCAAAACUUGAAUCCGAUUCACAAAUGAAGACGACAGAAAAAGGACCGAGUAAUAUCGCAACAUCCGUAACUAAUGUAAUGGAACAAAAUACAGAAAUAACACCUUCUGAAUACAUUAUAACAACAGAAACGACACCGAAGUCUACAUCCGGAUUUACAACAGAAUUUACACAAUCACGAGAACCAGAAGAAGUCGUUCCACCAAAAGAAUCGGAGGUAGUUCAUUUACCAGAGAAACCGGUGAAACCGAUUGGGCCCGUGACAGGCGAAGAACCUCAAACACCACAUGAAGUAACGCAAACCCCUAAACCUUCGCAAGCUAGAAGAACCGAACAAGAACCGAUCGUUCCUGUAGUAACAGUAACGACAGAAAACACUCCUAAAAAUCCAAAAUCUAACCUGGAAUUGACAACGACAAAACAAGAGGCAUCUACAACUAAACCACUUGAAGCAACGAAUGUAUAUCAGACCACCCGAUCUGUUCCAGAAUCAUCUACAGCACCAACUAAAACAAACCCUGCAGAAACCGCAACUCCCAAAUCGAACAUAAAAACAGUACCGACUACACCAGAAAUAAACAAAGAUAAAUGUACUCCGCAAACCGAGAAAAAUGAACAUGCAGAUGGAUCUAGCACUGAACCUAAUAGGACAGUGCCUUGCAAUAAGCCGCCUGCAGGACCUGGGCAGAAGGAGCCGGCGACUGACUUGCAGCCUACCCCGCCUGGUACUGGAGGCAAAUUGGCCUUGAAUCAAGGCAAGAAAGAAAUAAUGCAAGCUUUGGAAACCAGCAUGAAUCUGAAGGUUUUAAUUCUGCCAAAUGGUCCUCAAGGGCAGAACUGUUUCUGUACUUGUGACAACACGAGCGCACCUAAACUUAUUCCUUUAAAAGAUUUGCCGGCUGGUAUCACUGGCAGUUGAGUUAUUUAAAUCAAAAUGUUUAAUUUUGUCUUAAAUAUAAAGCUACCUGUUAUUAUGAUUUGCAAAUUGAAUACUAUUAUAUUGUAAUGAAAUUGUAAUAAAACAAAUUUUGAAUUUAAAUAAAUACCUGCAGAUAUUAAAAA